UGAAUUUUUAACCAACUCUGCCUCUCAAGUAAUAUUUGAGGUAAAGAGGUAGAAGAACAAGCCAUGAGUUGGUUCCUGUGUUCUGGCAAAUCAAGCAAAAAUGCAAAGAAGAAGAAGCAGAAGAACAAGCCAGAAGAUCAGAUCCCAUCAAUUUCAGAACAACUGAAGGCAAAUUCGGCACUGUCUGUAAAGGACUCUAAGGAUGGAGGGUCUGAUCACAUUGCAGCACAUACAUUUACAUUUCGUGAAUUGGCAGCUGCAACAAAGAAUUUUAGAGCAGAUUGUAUUUUGGGAGAAGGAGGUUUCGGUCAAGUAUAUAAAGGGCGCUUGGAGAGUACUAAUAAGGUAGUGGCCAUAAAGCAACUUGAUUCCAAUGGGCUUCAAGGGAACAGGGAAUUCCUUGUUGAAGUAUUAAUGUUAAGCCUACUUCACCAUCCCAAUCUUGUUAACCUAAUAGGCUAUUGUGCUGAUGGUGAUCAGAGGCUUUUGGUAUACGAGUACAUGCCAUUGGGAUCUUUGGAAGACCAUCUACAUGAUCUACCACCAGACAGAAAACAACUUGACUGGAAUACAAGAAUGAAAAUAGCUGCUGGUGCUGCAAAGGGCUUGGAGUAUUUGCACGACAAAGCUAACCCCCCUGUUAUUUAUCGUGAUCUUAAAUGCUCAAACAUUUUACUUGGUGAAGGCUACCAUCCUAAGCUAUCUGAUUUUGGCUUGGCAAAGUUAGGUCCUGUAGGGGACAACACUCAUGUUUCCACUAGGGUGAUGGGAACCUAUGGAUAUUGUGCGCCUGAAUAUGCAAUGACUGGUCAGCUCACAUUGAAAUCAGAUGUAUAUAGCUUUGGGGUUGUUCUUUUGGAAAUCAUUACCGGAAGAAAGGCAAUUGACAAUUCGAGGGCUGCUGGGGAACACAAUUUGGUUGCAUGGGCCCGCCCCUUGUUUAAGGAUCGGAGGAAAUUUUGGCAGAUUGCUGAUCCACUGCUCCAAGGUCAGUAUCCGGUGAGGGGAAUGUAUCAAGCUCUUGCUGUUGCUGCAAUGUGUGUCCAGGAGCAGCCUAAUAUGCGACCUCUCAUAGCUGAUGUUGUCACAGCCCUUACUUACCUUGCUUCCCAAAAAUAUGAUCCUGAAACGCGGUCAGUACAGAGCUCUCGCACAAGCUCAUCCACUCCUAGACCUAGAAGGGAACUGUGAAGUUCAUAAGGGAAGACUUAUUUGAUACAGUUCCGUGUUUGGAAGGUUGUGAUGAGAACCUAGCUGUGGCACUGCUUUAGGCUUAUUUUUUUCUUUCCAAAAUGGGGUUUUAUUUGUGAUUCAGAAGUCAAUUGGUUGGAGCUUAGUGGUAUGCUUUGUUGGCUGUACAUGAAAUGGUGCCUGCUUAUCGAAUUUUGCUCACUCCGGUAGCAGGUGCCGUGGUGGCGCUCCCCCUUCCUGUUUUUAUUUCCUCCUCCACCCUUUUCCUUCUGUCACCUUAUACAAGAUUCUUUUUAUGUACAA